AAGCUGCAUUUUUAGUUUUACUUGUAUGAAAACGCUUAAUGACUAUUCCUCUGUGGAGGAAUGUUAUACCAUUAACAAGAUGUCUGGGUCUGGACCAUUUUUCCUGUGCUUCUGUCUAGCAUAUAUUUUGUGCAGCUCCAGUGCUUGGGAGGUAAAAAUGCCAAGAAAUAUCAAAGGAUUGUUGGGUUCCUGCCUUGUUAUCCCUUGCAGUUAUGAUUACUAUCAGUAUCCACCUAAAAGACCAGAUCGUGUAGUGUGGUAUCAAUAUGUGAGCAGAGGAUAUCCAAUAGUAUCUGACAACUGGAACAGGAAUGAUGUGCUGGACAUAUUUAAAGGAAGAACAAGUGUAUAUACUUCUUCACACCAUCGGACAUGCAGUCUGUUGAUUAAACGAGUGACCUUGGCUGAUCACAGUCAGAAGCUUUAUCCCUGGGUGGAUCCGGAAAAUGUUGGAUGGAGAACCUACCCUUUCUAUGACACAACUGUAACAGUUGAAGUAGUAGGCACAGCAGAUCCACCGGUUAUUGAGAUCUUUGGAAACAAGGUGGUUGGGCAGUCUGUAACAGUGCAAUGCAGUGUUUACCACACUUGUCCCACUUAUCCCCCAAGUCUGAGGCUCAACAUCCCACUGCGAAACGAACGUCUAACUCAUAGUCCUCUAUCUGAUGGAAGAUCUAAAACUAUGGUAACAACCACUCUGUUCAUAGAGAAAGAAUAUCAAACUGUGGAGUGCUAUGUCCAACACCGUGGUGGUCGCUCUGCAUCAGCAUCUAAAACCUUAACCUCACAAUGCUCCAUUUCAGGGCUGACUGUCAGCUCUGCAUCAUAUGAAUUUCUGGAGGGAGAUCAAAGUACAGUAACCUGCAGUGUUUCAUACACAUGCUAUCGAAAUAUUCCAACUCUGACAUGGAAUUAUGGUAAUAUGCCAGCCUCUUCUGAUACUAGCAAGUUAUCAGGGGGUGCUCAGUGGAGGACUGUCUCCACACUGACAUUUACAGCAUCAGCUAAUGACAAUGGAAGAUCGCUGAUAUGCUAUGCACGCUUCCCUGGAGGUCAGACAAAAGAAGCAAGCGUCACGCUACGGGUAAAGCGAAACAUACUGAAUCUGGGUUGGUCCUUCACGGCUCCAGCCACCAUAACUGGGUUGAAAGGGUCAUGUCUCAUCAUUCCAUGUAAAUUUUUGUACAAAAACUCUCAGCCUAAUAACCUUAAGGUUAUAUGGUACUUGUAUCAGAGGAAUAAAUACCCAGCUGUAUUCAACCAAGGAGAGAGUGUUAUUAGUAAGUUUCAUGGUCGAACAAGCUUGACUGGAUCAGUGACUGAGAAGAACUGUAGUCUUAAGAUUGAAAGGCUGGACAUGUCACACAACCGUGACCGACUUUAUCCAUGGAUGGAUAAGAACCCCAUUGAUUCUUACCGCACUAUUGAUCAUACAUUUUUUGAUAGCUCUACAAAACUUAUUGUUUCAGAACAUGCACCAGAACCACAGCUGGGCAUUAUUGGUAUCCUCAAAGUGGGAGAGCAGGGCACUGUGUCCUGCAGUGUGCGGCAUACAUGUUUCUCUGCUCCCCCAACCCUAACCCUAAAGGAUUUACCUGGAACAAACCAGAACAUGGACACUCUGGUAUCUGAAGGGAUUUGGGAAAGGAAAAUUAUUCGAACUUGGACAGUAAAAGAAGAGCACGAGAGUGUAAGUUGUGCUGUUAACUACCCUGCAGGUCAGAGUGCCGAAAAGUCGAUUCCACUGACUGCUGAAUGCUCCAUUUCUCCAUUGAAUAUUAGCUCUACAUCAGAUGAAUUUCUUGAAGGGUAUGAUAGCAAAGUAACAUGCACUGCCCUGUACACAUGCCACAAGAAUACACCAACUCUCACAUGGAACUAUGGCAGUGUGGCAGCAUCUGCUAAUACAGAAAAGGUACCGGGGGAGACUCAGUGGAGGACUGUCUCCAUGCUGUCAUUUAAAUCUUCACCCAGCGACAACGGGAGAUCUGUUACCUGCUUUGCAAAAUUCAAGGGGGGGCAAACACAAGAAGUGAGCAUCAGCCUGCGGGUAAAAAGAAACAUACUCAAUCGAGGUUGGUCUUUCAAUGCUCCAAGCACCAUAAUUGGAUUGAAGGGCUCAUGUCUCAUCAUUCCAUGCAAAUUCUCCUACAAAAACUCCCAGCCUAAUGACCUUCAAGUGAUGUGGUACUUGUACCAAAUCAAUGGAUUUCCAGCUGUAUUCAACCAAGGAGGGAGUGUUAUUAGUAAGUUUGAUGGUCGAACAAGCUUGAUUGGUUCAGUGGUGGAGCAGAACUGUAGUCUUAAGAUUGAAAGGCUGGAGAUGUCCCACAACCAUGACCGACUUUAUCCAUGGAUAGAUAAGAACUCAAUUACUUCCUACCACACCGUAGGUCACUCAUUUUAUGAUGGAUCUACUGAACUUAGUGUUUCAGAACAUGCACCAGAACCAGAGCUAAAUAUUAUUGGUACUCCCAGAGUGGGAGAGCAGGGCACUGUGUCCUGCAGUGUGCGCCACGCAUGUAUUUCUGCUCCCCCAACUGUAACCCUAAAUGGUAUACCUGGAAAAGACCAGAUCAUGGACACACUGGUAUCUGAUGGGAUUUGGGAAAGGACAGUAGAACGAUUUUGGGAAGUAAAGAAGAGCACCAGAGUGUGA